CGAUGGUGGGCUUGGUGGAGGUUUGGCUGGGCUCAGCCAUUGCUGUGUCCUCAUGAAGCUCUUGGUUCAGCUGUCAGGCCACACUUCGGGGAGGGUGUUGAUAAACUAGAGACAGUUCAAAGAAGGGUUUUCAAUCAGAAAUGUUGCCCUGCAGCAUGGGGUGGAUUCUGCGUUGCCGAAAAUUCAUGCAUCCAGCCGGAAUGCCUUCCUAAAAACCUGCUGUGUUUCAAGUCCAGCCUUUGAACGCGAGGGAGGAUUUUGAAAGGAAACAUCCUAAAGAUCAUUUACACAGGAACUCGGAGUGGUUAAUAACAAUGACUUUUGUUUUGCAUUUACACCUGGUGAAGAGCUGACCUCCAGAUGUUUUUCCUACCAUGUCCUUGAGACCGGCUGUAGGACAACUGAAGAGCAGCAGAGCUUCGUUUAUCUACUGCUGUUAAUGAAACAGCGGGAGAUGCUGAUGUGUCGGUCGGCGAUGCCUGCUGGCUCGGCUUGGCCCCGGCCUUUCUGUGCGACAUGUUGUCCCGAUGGGAACGACGGCCAAGGAGGAGAUGGCCCGCUUCUGGGAGAAGAACACCAAGUCCAAUCGUCCCUUGUCCCCUCAUAUCACCAUUUACAAGUGGUCCCUGCCCAUGGCGAUGUCCAUCACGCACCGGGGCACCGGCGUUGCGCUGAGCUUAGGAGUCUCCCUCUUCAGUCUGGCUGCCCUGCUGCUCCCAGAACAGUUUCCCCACUACCUGGCCAUGGUGAAGUCGCUCAGCCUGGGGCCCGCUCUCAUCUACACGGCUAAGUUCGCUCUGGCUUUCCCCCUCUCCUACCACACCUGGAACGGAGUCCGACACCUUGCAUGGGACAUGGGGAAGGGGUUCAAGAUCCCCCAGGUCAACCAGUCUGGGGUGCUGGUCCUGAUCUUGACCCUGCUCUCCUCCGCGGGCCUCGCGGCGAUGUGAAGGUACCUCCCGGUUGACGGCCUCCCUUUUUUUGGAAGAUUUGCUCCGUCCUGGCCCACCUCAAGACGUGCAUGGAGAGGGAGGCGGGAGGACAGGCUCCCGAGUAACUAAAAAUCUUUGGGGAAGGUGGCGCUCCCCCUCCUCACGAAUCUCGUGGAUGAUCAGAGUUGCUUUUCAUUAGCCUGGGGGAUGUGCUGACCCCCUCUCAGUGGUGGAGGAGCAGGCCGGGCUGUCUCCUGCCGUGCCGCACGCCCAAGCAGCCACGGAAAGCCAGGCACAAAUUAACAGCCGAUCCUGGCACGUUCAGUCGCUCGCAGAGAGCUGCCUAGCUUCUUCCAGGCAAACUCCAGCGCGUUUCUUUUCUCUGGUCUGUCCCCAAGCUUGAGACAAUGCUGAAUUUGUGUCCCCGCGAGUCCGAGUGGGCUCGGGGACGGCUGGUUGUGUGUGUGUAGGCCCGGCGCAGGACAAGCAUCUCCAUUGAGGCAGCCUGCGCCAGGGCAGGGAGAGCAGGCGGAGCUGCCAACGCUGGCACCCGCGAUGGGAAUCGGCGAUCGGUGCCGUCCCGGUGCCGCACCGGCCGCGGGACCCUGUGCUUUCCGAGCCCAGCAGCGUGAGCCGGCUGGGCUGGGGUGCUCAGACCUGCAGAGGUUCAAUCCCCUCUCCUUGUCCUUGAAAACAUCACGAUUCAGCCAGCUUUGGGGCCCUGGAGCCCCUGCCAGUGAAAAACGGCCCAUUUUCCCCUGUUAGGAAGUUACUCUGGCACAAUGGGAGGGACAUGACUUUCCGGUCGCGUGUUGCCAGCAACUCUCGUUUCAGCACUUGUCGCUCCUCCACCUUUGCAAUAAAGCAGCCUUGAUCCUUCACACUGA